AUGCCCACUGAUAUGUCUACUCCCGCAGGUGCUAUCAUAAAUGACUCGGAUUCCUCGAUUCGUUACUCUGAUGGCUGGGUAGCUAACAUGAGUGUUUCGGUGGGCCCCAAUGGACAGAUCCCGCUCUAUAACUCUUUACAUAUCACACAAAGGAAUGCUGAUUUCUCUUUCUCCUUCAACGGAAGUUUUAUAUCAGUCAUGGGUUUAAUGUUGCCUUCUGGUCAACUCCCUAAAUGGGAGUGCUACAUUGAUGGUGUUAAGCUUCUCUCCCUCCCUCUGACUGACGGUCAAGAGCACCUUCCUCUGUGUUCACAGUCCUUGGGAGACGGACAUCACACGCUCACUGUGGCUGUAAAUGCGACUCAAGAUAAUCCGCUGUGCUUUGAUUAUAUUCAAUACCAUCCUUCAUCUUCUGGAUACACUGAUGACAUGGACAAAGUCUUUAAUCCAGAAACCGCUGUGGUAAAGGCUGGAGACUGGCCGUCGAUCCCUUCGAUUAGCUCUGGUAUCAUGACAAGAGAGAAAGACUCCAAGCUGCAAAUUCAAUUCAACGGUGUCUCGAUGACAUGGCUCGGCCUUUAUGACAAUAAUCUGUCGGGUCCUCCUACUACAGCGACUUAUACAAUCAAUGGAAGCAAUCCUAUUCCAUUUCCUGUCAAUAACUUUGCUUCAAACUUCACUCCUACGAUUUUUGAUCAAAUCAUUCUGCAAACCAAUGAUUACCCCCAUGGUCUUCACAACCUUGAAAUCACGUACAACGGCGAUUCAAACAAUGCGCCCCUUACGCUGACAAGCUUCAUAGUUCAAAAUGUCACUCAGCCUCUGUCGACUUUGAGUAAUAUGAAUACGACAUCAUCGUCUACCAUGUCGCCCAACCCAAUGACGACAUCAAGUUCGACUGCCCCAAACCAUCACCGACCUCGUUCGACUGGCUCGAUUAUUGGAGCGGUCUUCGGAGCUUUGUUGCUCAUUGUUAUCUUCCUUUUGUGCCUACUUUUCUGGAGGAAAAGAAAUUCGACGAAAAGGGUGGGACUUCCGGAAUCGUCUGGCGCCAUUCGGCCAUUCAAUUUCACAUAUUAUCCCACCGUAUCUCGCAACGCCUCAUCACCCCCAGUCAACUCCAAAGCUUCUAGAGCGUUUCCCACCGAUGGAUCGGUUCGUGGCGCUCUGCCUUCAGAGAAAAUACAGAGAAUGAACAACGGAAGAACAUCGACAUCACGUCUGCAACUAUCCUCUGCAGUUACUUCUGUGCCCUCAACCCAAUCCUCCCCUGAAAUACGAGUACAUCAUGAUAGUGGGCUUCGCAUUUCACAGCCCGAAGAUGCCCAUGUUAUCGACGUCCCGCCCAUCUAUAGUCCGGUAUGA